UUUGGUUAAAGUGUGAGGCCAGCUCAAUAAUAUAAAAGGUAUAGUGGAUUCACUACUGAAGUUAGUCGUUUGUCUACAGCUUUUAACUAAACAUAUCUAACUUGUCUUGGUUCAAUAUCAAACAAACUUACCAAAAAAAAAUGAAACUCGCCAUUGUUGUUGUCGCCUUCAUGGCCAUCGCCGCUGUUUCAGCUGAAGAGAAAUACACCACCAAAUUCGAUAACAUCGAUGUUGAUGAAAUUUUGAAAUCAGAUCGUUUGUUCACCAACUACUACAAAUGUUUGAUUGACGAAGGCAAAUGCACUCCCGACGGUCGUGAAUUGAAGAAAACUUUGCCCGAUGCCCUCCAAACCGGCUGUGAAAAGUGCAGUGAGAAGCAACGUAACAAUUCCGACAAAGUUGUCCGUUUCAUCAUUGACAACAAGCCCGAGGAAUGGAAGGUCUUGCAAAAACUCUACGAUCCCGAAAACGUAUACUACAACAAAUACAAGGAUCAAGCUGCUGCCCGUGGCAUCAAGAUCUAAAUCAAACAAUUGUGAUGUGAAAACAACAAAAAAAAACUUCUUUUAAAGUCAAAGUCGUCCUAAAUACUCACUAGAACUAUAACAAGUUUUGUGUAAAUUGUUCAAAAAAAAAAAAAAAAACUUGUUACAAAGAAGGCUUUAAAUUGAAAUUUUUGUACAUAAAAUAUUGUAUUGUAAAUUUUUUUAAUUAUUUGUUAAUUGUAGUUACGCAUUAUGGACCCCAUUUAAAAACUAAACACAAAUUAUAUUAUUUUUUUUGUAAAAUACCAAAAGGAUGCACAUUUUAGUUUGUAGUUUUUUAUUUGAAAGAAAAAUUGAAUAAAAAUUCAUUGGCUGUUACAAAAAUAUCUUAAAAUAUAAAUCAAA